AUGCAGUCGCACAAAACACCUCCAGCACAACCUGAGCAGGGAUUACAGCCAACUAUCGAGGAACCUCACCUGCAGAGUCACCUUGAAAUACUUCCGGAACAAGUAUCAAGUAUUUUUCAGAUUGAACAAGAGGAUAUAUCAGAAUGGGGGGUCUCAGAGGCCAGUAGCUUCAUGUUAAAAUCUCAGGAAGCUCCAGAAGUCCAGCAGACAGAGGAAUCACAUAUCCGUUCAGAAGAUGAACAGCCUGCAAGUGAUUCAAGAGCACCCAAGAGGAUCUCUCUCAAGGUAUCAUCGUCAGAAUUAUUGCAAAUCAAAGGACAAGAAGUUAAGCGAAUGAGAAGAAGUAGAUUUGGAUUCCAACCACUGAGACCCAGAAAAUGUUUAAAAGCUUCGAGGGAUCCAAAAUUAGUUAAAAAAAGUCCACAUGACUACCACCCCUCUAAGCUUCAUGACUUGUGCACGGUUGUCCCAGCCCGCACACUGCCCGUUGACUUGUGCCUGGCUUCUCGGGUGUGUCAUACCACUGACAAAAAAGGCCACGAUACUGUACCUGGAACAUUUUUCCUAGAUAAUCACUAUACAGAUGAAGAGCAAAGAGCUAGAUUACUGCUUGGAAUUCCUGCUACGGAUGACAACGAAGAAAAUGUCACCGUCCCUUCAACAGUACCGGAGAUACAACCUGAAUUGACACAAGGAACCGGACAGCAGGCUCCCAAAUCACCCCUGCAGGUGUUGGGGAAGGAAGUGUCUGCUUAUUCAGGAUUUACGAAGUUGUUUUGGAAUCCGUCUGCACCCAAGUUCUCUGUUCCUGUUUCUGUCAUGAAGGAAACUUUAUAUUCAAAAUAUGAGAGUGCUCAAACAAGCAGAAUUUUAAUGGAGAAGUAUUCAUCUGACAGCAGGGAAUCUGUCAUUAAGUUAAGUCAGCACUCCACAAAACCUUUUUCGUCUUCAUUGCUAACAACUUCUAUGUCAUAUCAGGACAUCCAACAAUGUGUAAGCAGCCCACGAUUAUCACACUCAAAGAUCAUCGUCUCUUGGAUUGCUUCGCGAACAGAAGAAAUAUCUGCUCAAAGUUCCCUUGUAUGA